AUGAAGGCUCAGCCUCUCAGAGAGUUAGAAGACUGCCUACAGAUGAUCAAGGCGAGUUCGGGUGACCUUGGAGGACACCAGCGCGCCAACGAUGAGAUUGGACCUGAUUGGGGUCAGGAUCAAGAAGAGGCCGAGUUCUCAGAGGUGGCUGCAGACUCAGGUUUUGCAAGUGGUCUUGGGUCAUGGAGCGAGUGCGACCAACCGUUGAGUGAGGAAGGCUUCAGACCUGAGUUGGGUGCAGCACCGGGCCAGCCGUCUGCUGCAUUAAACGACCCGGAGGACUCCAGCGAGUCGGACAGCUCAGGUGAGGAUACAGCCGACGACGAGGACCGCAAGUACGAGGUCCUCUCAUCUGCACCCGAGAUCGAGAAGUUG